AAAGUAAGCAUUCAUAUGUCCCGUAUUAAAAGUACUUUGAACUCUGUUUCAAAGGCUGUUUUUGAUAAUCAAAAUGAAAUGAUUUCAUGGUUAGCUCAAUUUAAGCCAAGCUCUCAAAUAUUAAGAAAAGUAUCAGAUGGUGGCUGUUUAAAACAGAAAACUUUUAAACAAGCCAUCAAAUCUCUGAAAAAAUAUAGUGAUAAAUCAGUAGAAAAGAGUCCUGUUGCAGAAGAGAAAAGUCACGUUGCAGCUACAGAAGAUAUAGGAAAACAAAGCCUUUUUCGUUACACAACUAGUAUAACCACAAAAUUUGGAGAGUCAUUCUACUUUUUAUCAAAUCAUAUUAAUUCAUACUUCAAACAUGAGGAAAAAAUGAUUCCAAAAAAGGAAAAUAAACAUUUUCAGGAUAAAUCAGAACUUGAAGGUGAAAAGACUCAAGAAAAGAAUUCCCUUUCUCCAGAUCCUGGCAUGCUGACUGAUAAACCAGGCUCUGAAUCUUCCAUAGAUUCUAUGGACAAGCCUGCAAGUCCAAGUGGAAUGCCUGAGGUUCUUCCAGUUUCUACUAAACAGAGUAUUGCUAACUUUCUCUCUCGACCCACUGAAGCUGUACAAGCUUUGGUAGGUGGUUAUAUUGGUGGACUUGACCCCAAAUUAAAGUAUGACUCAAAGAGUCAGCCAGAAGAACAGGAAGAUCCUACUAAAACUGAGCAAGUUAUCAGCAAAGACAAAACUCCUGAGGAGAAAAAGCGCUUGUCUCUUCAGCAAGAAAAGAUUAUUGCAAGAGUGAGUAUUGAUAACAGAACCUGGGCGUUGGUUCAGGAAUUAAGAAGAACUGCUGACCCAAAGCUCUGCAUUACUAGGGUUGAAGAACUAACUUUUCAUAUUCUAGAAUUUCCAGAAGGAAAAGGAGUGGCUGUGAGGGAAAAAAUUAUUCCAUAUUUAUUACGACUUAGACAAAUUAAGGAUGAAACUCUUCAGGCUGCAGUAAGAGAAAUUUUGGCCUUAAUUGGCUAUGUGGAUCCUGUGAAAGGGAGGGGUAUCCAAAUUCUCACAAUUGAUGGUGGAGGAACGAGGGGUGUGGUUGCUCUUCAGACACUGAGGAAAUUAGUUGAACUUACACAGAAGCCAGUUCAUCAGUUCUUUGACUAUAUUUGUGGAGUAAGCACAGGAGCCAUAUUAGCUUUCAUGUUGGGAUUGUUCCACAUGCCCUUGGAUGAAUGUGAAGAACUUUAUCGAAAAUUAAGAUUCGAUGUAUUUUCACAAAAUGUCAUUGUUGGGACAGUCAAAAUGAGUUGGAGCCAUGCAUUUUACGACAGUCAAUCAUGGGAAAAGAUUCUUAAGGAUAGAAUGGGUUCUGCACUAAUGAUUGAAACAGCAAGAAACCCUACAUGUCCUAAGGUAGCUGCUUUAAGUACCAUAGUUAACAGAGGGAUAACGCCAAAAGCCUUUGUGUUCAGAAACUAUGGUCAUUUUCCUGGAAUCAACUCUUAUUUGGGAGGCUGUCAAUAUAAAAUGUGGCAGGCCAUUCGAGCCUCAUCAGCUGCUCCAGGCUACUUUGCAGAAUACACAUUGGGAAAUGAUCUUCAUCAAGAUGGAGGUUUACUUCUGAAUAACCCUUCAGCAUUAGGAAUGCAUGAGUGUAAAUGUCUUUGGUCGGAUGUCCCACUGGAGUGCAUAGUAUCCCUGGGCACUGGACGUUACGAGAGUGAUGUGAGAAAUACUACGAUGUACACAAGCCUGAAAACCAAACUUUCUAAUGUUAUCAACAGUGCUACAGACACAGAAGAAGUCCAUAUAAUGCUUGAUGGCCUAUUACCUCCUGACACCUAUUUUAGAUUCAACCCUGUCAUGUGUGAAAACUUACCUCUUGAUGAAAGUCGAAAUAAAAAACUGGAUCAGCUGCAGUUGGAAGGGAUGAAGUAUAUAGAAAGAAAUGAACAAAAAAUGAAAAAAGUUGCAAAAAUAUUAAGUCAAGAAAAAACAACUCAGCAGAAAAUUAAUGAUUGGAUAAAGUUAAAAACUGACAUGUAUGAAGGUCUUCCAUUCUUUUCAAAAUUGUGAUGAGCACAUGCAUAUGUUCUCAGAAAGAAGGCCUGUUCAGAAGAUCCACUGAAUUCAGUAAGGAAUUGUGGGUUUCAACACCAGUUAACUUUGAAAUACUUAUGAAUUCUGGGGAAUCCUGAAAACAACAGUGCUUUGAGGAGUUUGCAUAGUACAGAAAUAUGCUUGGUUACAGAAUUCACAUGGGAAUUAGGUUUUUUAAGAUGUUAACAGUUAACUAAGCUUUAGGAAUUUUAUUACUGUGCUAUUUAGUUUUAGUAGAUGUUGAUAUUAAAUUGUUCGAUGUUUGAAAAUUUAUUAAUAUACGUGCCAAACAAGAAACUAAGAAUAUCAUAUUAUACUUUGUACUUUUGCUUUCAGUCAUCAUAAUCAUGUUGAAUUCAUGU